AUGAGGCACUGCGAUCAGUCGCGAGGACAGUGUCCGUCUGUCAUGGAGGAAAUGUCAUCAGCCUACAGCUUGUUUAUCCAGACCCAUAUCGAGACAUCAGAUGGUUCUGUCUUCGAAACCGCCUCAGUUUGGCACAAGUCAUGCCAAACUCGUAAAAUAUCAUCUUCGGCGUAUGAGCAUCUUCUGAACUCCGAGGAGCUCAAGCUUUGCUCGGGGGCAAGCGAAUCUUUGGUCGUCAAGCCGAUGUUCUAA